AUGCAGUAUAUAUGGAAAAACGUAUCGCAUGGAGGCUCUAGAAGCAGGCAUAAUUCGAAUGCAUCGUCAUCCGCUAUUGGUAACUCUGUGAUCUCAGAUGUGGCUGCCAAUGCCUUGUCGGGGAAUAUUCAAUUGUCGAAUUCCGGCAUUGAUCAUGCCGCUCUCCCGCAGCCAGAUACGCACAAGGCUCCACAGAUCAGAAUUCAUAAUGUGGCAGAUUAUAAUUACGGUUAUGUAAAAUACAGUGCUAAUAACACUCUCGAUCUGCAGAACUUCCCAAGGAUCUUGGAGAAAACGUUUGGUGAGAGCUUGGGUAAUCGAAGCUCGGUUCUCAAUGCGCUGGCUGUUGGCAAAUGUCUCUCAAUAGGGUUGCCCGAUUUGUUGCAUUUUACGAAAAUUGAUAGGUUUUACAAGAAUGAAGUGGGUGAAUAUUUGAACAUCACUGGGAUCGAUUUCUCCAACGAUGUUAUGCCUCUGUCGUUCCUGAAUAUUUUGGACUCGGUGAGUAACAGCGAUGCUGGGGGGAAAGGCAUGGAAACGGGAAACGACAAGGUUCGCUUGAUGACUUUUUGUUGUUGCAAUAUCUUUAGCGAUAUAGAUAUUAGAAUUCGGUAUGAGAGUCCCAAGAAGUACCAGGUCAGCGCAAUUGACUUGCACAAUCCAAGUUUGUUCGUCGAAUUAGACGAUGAUCUAUGGGAAGAGACCUUUGUCUCGUGUUGCAUAAGAAGUAUAAUUAUAAAUGAGGAUAAAUUAUGGAAGUCCCCAGGGUUGGUGGAAUUGCCCUUUCUGAUUAGUGAAUUCAAAAACGCAAAAAGAUUAGUUAAAUCCAUGUGUGAAAGAUUACCCUUGUACUACAAAGCCGGCUUUGACUCAACAAAGGCCAACGAUCUUACAAUACUGCAUAAUAACCUGACUAAAGCGUUAUUGAAAUACUUGUCGAUAGUUUCGAACGAUCUGAAUGACUAUACCAUAAAAAUACUGGAGAGUUUGAUGGUGAAGGAUGUGCAGAAUAAUCUGAUAUAUCAGCUUGUAAUUAUUAAGAUAUUGGAUCAAAAUGAAAUGAAUGACAUCAAGUUGAUUAAUCUGUUGAACAUUACAAUUAAAGAACUACUCAAUUCAGUAAUGAAACAGAAAAAUAAAAACGAUAAUUUGCAUUUAUUAAAUUGUACAACAGAAAUACUUAUUAUACAGGCAAGGUUUCUAAUGAGAAGAAAUGAUUUAGAGGAUGCUCUUGAAGUAGCCAAAAAAGUUGCAGCACUGUCUUCAGAUUCAUUUGAGUCGUGGUUCCUGUUAGCAUCUAUCUAUGUGGCUCUGGAACAGUAUGACAAUGCAUUGUACUCAAUAAACUCAAUUCCAAGUUUACCAAAAUACGACAAGCAACAAUUGAAUAUCAUAUCUCAAAAGAGCGUCAUUGAUUCAAAUUAUAAAAGGCCGUAUGGGAGAAAAAUUGAUAGAAAUUUAGGUACUGUCAUACCGUCAGGCUGUGAUUUGAACUCUGCUGAACUGGAUAAUCUAUCGAAAAUACAUAGGAAUUUAAAAGAAAAUGAGCUGAAAUGUUUUAUUUAUGGCAGAACGAUAAUGCCAUUUAAUGACUGCAAAACUCCCAAAAGCACGUACUUAGAUCAAUCAUGCUCUGAAAUUGGGCCACUAUAUGGUGUUCAAUCCAUCAACCUAAUUAACUUUGUUUCGCCGAAUGAAGUGAAAACAAUUACAAAUACACAGUUGUUACAAAGAAAUUCAAUAGUGAACCAGUAUUCAUGGUUUGAAACACAAGUGAUGAACAUAUUAUUGGAUAUAGUAUGCAAGAUUGGUUGGAAUGACUUAUUGAAAUUGAGGUCAACUAUUUUUAUAAUGGAAAAAGAGUACAUAUCGAAUAAACAGUCGAAUAUAGGCAUGAUUCCAAAACACAUGAGAGAGAAGCGACUAUGUGAACGAUGGCUCGAUCAAUUAUUUCUGGAUAUCUACGAAGAUUUAACGAUAGUGAAUGAAAAUGACAUCUUCAAAAGUUCUGAAAACAUAAAUUCAGAUGACCACAGCUCGGUUGGAAGUAUCCAUAACUCAUUGGGUACCCGUAAAGAAAUUAAAUAUAGUGGCUUAGAAUGGGAACUAUUAGGAUUAACCAUGCUGAGAACAUGGAAUUUCGAAGAUGCAAUUAUAUGUUUUCGAACAAGCAUGUUGGCGCGUUUUGAUAUUAUCAGCUGUGAAAAACUUUUAGAAAUAUAUUUUGAUGAAGAUAACCAUAACUUUAAAGAUUUAAUAUAUCUUAAUAAUAUCAAUCUCAUUUUAAUUUUAUUAUCGCAAAAAAUAUACUACGAAAGUAGGUUUUAUAAUUAUCUUCAAAUUUCAAAUAUCAAAUUCAUGCUGAUUUUAUGCAGACGUUUCGGAAAUGAUUUAAUCAAGAACAAAAUCAACCUUUUAGAAUCCGAGAGCAACAUGGAUAACCAAGACAACAAACGUCUAAUGACAAGCACCUUGAAAUUAAAAGAGAUUUUACAAUAUGCAUCAGAUAUUUUGAAGGAAGAAGAGAAGGACGUAUAA